GGCGGAAGGUUGCCUAUGUCAGGGGGCUCCGCGCCCAGCCGCCGCCGCCGGCCCGCAGUUGCUGCUGCGCCGAGAUGCUGUCGCGAGUGCAGCCCAAAAAAAUCGACAUUUUCUAACUCUCUUUUUUUCCUGUCUGUUUUUUGCAGGGUGUCCGGGGUGUCUGGGACGGUGGGCGGCAUGAACGCGUCCGCGCGCUCCACCUCGGGCUUCCGCAAGGAGUCGUGCUACAUCAUGCAGGACGACAUGCUGAACCCGCUGUUCACGGUGCACGAGAUCAUGACGAUGGCGUCCGAGUUCAAGCUGGGCAGCUCCCUGUCCACCAAGGCCAAGCAGCUCGUGAUCGAGGACAUCCUUGAGACGUUGGGGCUGUCCGCCACAAGGGACACCCGGUGCUGCCGCCUGUCGGGCGGCCAGCGCAAGCGGCUGUCUAUCGCGCUCGAGCUCAUCGACAACCCGCCCGUCAUGUUCCUGGACGAGCCGACGACGGGCCUGGACAGCUCGGCCUCGCUGCAGGUGGUGUCGACCCUCAAGGCGCUGGCGCGCGGCGGCCGCACCAUCGUGUGCACCAUCCACCAGCCGUCCGCCACCGUGUUCGAGCUGUUCGACUUCGUGCACGUGAUCGCCAAGGGCCGCACCGCCUACCAGGGCUCGGCGCUCAACGUGGUGCCCUUCCUGCAGACGGCCGGCAUGCCCUGCCCCAAGUACCACAACCCCGCCGACUUCCGUAAGUACCGCGCCACGUGUGUCCUGUCCUGCGACUCCUUGGCCCGACAUCUGCGGACCGCUUCGUGAAACUUUUCCGUGGCC